CACUCCCAUCCCCGGCUCCCCGCUGCUUAAAUAGCGCCAAGCCAGGGCCACCCACGCGCUCCAAUUCUCCAGACACAAGCAACGCAGAGCGCAGCCCGCACAUUCUCGCCGCGCGAGCACUCGACGGAGACGGAUUCAUCGAUCGAAGAGCAGCCCGCCGUUGAAGCGAGCCCUUCCUUGGUUGGUUCUCAUCCGUCUCGAUCGAUCGCCGCCUCCUCAGCCGGUCGUCGGUUUUCUUUCUCCCUGGCUGGAGCGAGCUAGCUGCGUCCGCCGUCGUGUUCAUGGCUGCGGCGGGGCGGUUUGGAACCCGGUGGCCGCCGUCCUGCUUCCUCGUCGUCGUGCUCGUUGUCCUGCUGACAGAUCAAGUGCUGAGAGCUGAAGCCUUGUCCAUCGGCAUCAACUACGGGCAGAUCGCGGAUAACCUGCCCUCCCCGUCCCGGGUGUCAUGGCUCCUCCGGUCGAUGCAGGUCAGCAAGGUGAAACUCUACGACGCGGACCCCUACGUCCUGAGCGCGUUCCUCAACACCGACGUGGAGUUCGUCGUCGGCAUUGGCAACGAGAACGUGCCGGCGAUGGUGGACCCGGCGGCCGCGCAGGCGUGGAUCCAGCAGCACGUGCAGCCGUACCUCCCCAGCACGCGCAUCACCUGCAUCACAGUCGGGAACGAGGUGUUCAAGGGCACCGACACCGCGCUCAAGGCAAGCCUCCUCCCGGCCAUGCAGUCCGUGUACCAGGCCCUGACCGCGCUCGGCCUGCAGGGGCGCGUUAACGUCACCACGGCGCACUCCCUGGACAUCAUGGGCAGCUCGUACCCUCCCUCCGCCGGCGCGUUCCGGCCCGACGUCGUGCCGUACAUCCAGCCGCUCCUGAGCUUCCUGUCCAUGACCAAGUCCCCGUUCCUGAUCAACUGCUACCCGUUCUUCGCGUACAAGGCCGACCCCAACAGCGUGCCACUGGAGUACGUCCUCUUCCAGCCCAACGCAGGAGUGACCGACCCCAACACGAAGCUCAACUACGACAACAUGCUGUACGCUCAGAUAGACUCGGUCUACGCUGCGAUCCAAGCGCUAGGGCACACUGAUAUCGACGUCAAGAUCUCCGAGACCGGGUGGCCGUCGAGGGGCGAUCCCGACGAGGUAGGCGCGACACCGGAGUACGCCGGGAUCUAUAUCGGAAACCUCCUGCAGAGGAUAGAGAUGAAGCAAGGCACGCCACUGAGGCCGUCGGUGCCUAUCGACGUCUACGUCUUUGCGUUGUUCAAUGAGAACCUGAAGCCAGGGCCGGCCUCAGAACGGAACUACGGGUUGUUCUACCCCGAUGGCACGCCGGUUUACAACGUCGGGCUGCGUGCCUACCUUCCACCGAUGGAUGAAUCAGAAGGCACAAGAAAGGCGGUUCAUUUGCUUGCCCUGAUCUCCAUUGCAUCGAUCACUCUCAUCUUAUCCUGAGAGCAUAUAUUGUUGACCACUGCAGCAAAGUUGAUGGAGGAAGUGAUGAGCCUUGGGGGUCUCUUGCUGCAACGAUUCCACUAGCAGAUUCACAAGGGAAGCUACAGAGGCAGAACAUUGCCAACAAUUACUUUGAUCAUCACAGACUUAGGCUAGCCCCGGCAAUUGGAGUGAUUUUUUUUUUAUAGCAUCCAGGAGCUGAAUUUGGCUCCGCACUGAUAGUGAAAAGUAGAACUAACUGAAGAUUGGAGGCGAUAGAUGGCCAAUGUACACAUUGUUUGAUAGAAUUUGUCUUGAUUUACUCUGGAGAUGUCUUCUUUGUGCAACUGUAAAUUUGUAUAUCAGUCGAAUGGACAGCAGAUAUUCCCUCUGGUCCGAAAUAAGGUGUCAUUUUAGAUAUCAA